AUGGUAACCAUUGUGGCUUCUCACAAUGUCACUCCAAAUGAACCAACUCCCAAUGACCCUUUAUGGCUAUCAGAUAGUGACCAAAUCGGAAACCUACGCCAUGUAUCAUGUUUUUAUGUUUACAAAGCAAAGCACGACAAGAAUGCAUUAGAGAGGUUGAUGAAGUCUCUUAGCAAGAUUUUAGUGCACUACUAUCCAGUUGCUGGAAGAUUGAGAUUGACAGAAAGUGGUCGAAUGGAACUCAAUUGCAACGCUAAGGGAGUCACCUUGGUAGAAGCUGAAACCACAAACACAUUUGCUGAUUAUGGAGACUUUUCGCCUUCUCUAUUCACAGAGGAACUUGUUCCCAAAGUUGAUUAUACUCAACCCAUAGAGGACAUUCCUCUAAUGCUGAUACAAUUAACAACCUUUGACGGUGGUGAAGGCCUUGCCAUUGGAACUCUUACCUCUCACCCUUUGGCCGAUGCGACAAGCAUGAUGCCCUUCGUCAACAACUGGGGAAAGCUGACUCGAGGAGAGGAGCUAGAGCCUAAUGAAAUCCCAUUUCUCGAUAGAACACUGCUUAAAUUACCACCACAACAUUCCUCACCAAGUGUUAAACUCCCAGAAUGGAAGCCUGUGCAGCAAGCACAAGAACAAGAGCAAAGGAAGAGAAGUGCUGCGUUGUUCAAACUCUCAGCAAAACAGGUGGAGAGACUCAAGGAGAAGGCUAAUGAUAAAGCUUCAAGUGAAGGGGUAAGACCUUUUAGCAGAUUUGAAGCUAUUGCUGCUCAUAUAUGGAGAUGUGCAUCUAAGGCUCGUACUUCUGCUGAGAGUUCAAACCAUCCAACUCUGGUUCGGUUUAGUGUUGAUAUUCGCAAAAGAUUGAAUCCACCACUCCCUCAGAACUAUUUUGGGAAUGCUUUGGCAAAAACAGUGACACCUAAAUGUAACGAGGGAGAGAUCAUAUCAAACCCUUUGAGUUAUGCUACUCAGAAGAUAAGGGAAGCAGUUUAUAUGGUUACAGAUGAGUAUAUAAGAUCACAGUUAAGUGUUAUUUUAGGGCAAGAGCAAUUGGAUAGCAUAAGGGCCUUUUUCAUGGGACAAGGACAUCUUUUGAAUGUGCCCUAUGCUGGGAAUCAUAACAUUCUCCUCACAAGCUGGCUGGGAAUGCCAAUAUAUGAAGCAGAUUUUGGUUGGGGAAAACCUAUGCAUUAUGGUUUAGCAAGUGCAUUUCAAGAAGAUAGAGCAGCAAUUCUUCCAAGCUCAGAUGGAGAUGGUGUUGCUGUCACCAUGUUUUUCCAGACAGUACUUAUGCAGCUUUUCAAAACAUUGUUCUACGAGGAACUGUGA